AUGGCUGAGGUCUUCCCGGCCGCCGAGCCGGCGGCGCCACAGGACGUGGCCAACCGCUUCGCCCGCAAAGGGGCGCUGAGGCAGAAGAACGUGCACGAGGUGAAGAACCACCGCUUCAUCGCGCGCUUCUUCAAGCAGCCCACCUUCUGCAGCCACUGCACCGACUUCAUCUGGGGGUUUGGGAAACAAGGCUUCCAGUGCCAAGUUUGCUGUUUUGUGGUUCACAAGAGGUGCCAUGAAUUUGUUACUUUUUCUUGUCCGGGGGCAGAUAAAGGACCCGACACAGAUGACCCGAGGAGUAAGCACAAGUUCAAGAUCCACACCUAUGGCAGCCCCACCUUCUGCGAUCACUGCGGGUCCCUGCUAUACGGACUCAUCCACCAGGGGAUGAAAUGUGACACCUGCGACAUGAACGUGCACAAGCAGUGCGUGAUCAACGUGCCCAGCCUCUGCGGGAUGGACCACACAGAGAAGCGGGGCCGCAUCUACCUGAAGGCCGAGGUCACAGAUGAAAAGCUGCACGUCACAGUACGAGACGCGAAAAACCUAAUCCCUAUGGAUCCAAAUGGGCUUUCAGAUCCUUAUGUGAAGCUGAAGCUUAUUCCUGACCCCAAGAAUGAGAGCAAACAAAAAACCAAAACCAUCCGCUCCACGCUGAAUCCCCAGUGGAACGAGUCCUUCACGUUCAAAUUAAAACCUUCUGAUAAAGACCGGCGACUAUCCGUGGAGAUCUGGGACUGGGAUCGAACCACACGGAACGACUUCAUGGGGUCCCUUUCCUUUGGGGUCUCGGAGCUGAUGAAGAUGCCGGCCAGCGGAUGGUACAAGCUGCUGAACCAAGAGGAGGGUGAGUACUACAACGUGCCGAUCCCCGAAGGCGACGAGGAAGGCAACGUGGAGCUCAGGCAGAAAUUCGAGAAAGCCAAGCUUGGCCCUGCCGGCAACAAAGUCAUCAGUCCGUCCGAGGACAGGAGACAGCCUUCCAACAACCUGGACAGAGUGAAGCUCACUGACUUCAACUUCCUCAUGGUGCUGGGCAAAGGCAGCUUUGGGAAGGUGAUGCUGGCCGACCGGAAGGGGACCGAGGAGCUGUACGCCAUCAAGAUCCUGAAGAAGGACGUGGUCAUCCAGGACGAUGACGUGGAGUGCACCAUGGUGGAGAAGCGGGUGUUGGCCCUGCUCGACAAGCCGCCGUUCCUGACGCAGCUGCACUCCUGUUUCCAGACGGUGGACCGGCUCUACUUCGUCAUGGAGUACGUCAACGGCGGGGACCUCAUGUACCACAUCCAGCAGGUCGGGAAGUUCAAGGAGCCGCAGGCAGUGUUCUAUGCGGCAGAGAUUUCCAUCGGGCUGUUCUUUCUUCAUAAAAGAGGAAUCAUUUAUCGGGACCUGAAGUUAGACAACGUCAUGCUGGACUCAGAAGGGCACAUCAAGAUCGCGGACUUUGGGAUGUGCAAGGAGCACAUGAUGGACGGCGUCACGACCAGGACCUUCUGUGGGACCCCCGACUACAUCGCCCCGGAGAUAAUCGCCUAUCAGCCGUAUGGGAAGUCCGUGGACUGGUGGGCCUAUGGCGUCCUGUUGUACGAGAUGUUGGCCGGGCAGCCCCCGUUCGAUGGCGAGGAUGAAGACGAGCUGUUCCAGUCCAUCAUGGAGCACAACGUCUCAUACCCCAAGUCCUUGUCCAAGGAGGCCGUGUCCAUCUGCAAAGGGCUGAUGACCAAGCACCCGGGGAAGCGGCUGGGCUGUGGGCCCGAGGGCGAGCGGGACGUUCGGGAGCAUGCCUUCUUCCGGAGGAUCGACUGGGAGAAGCUGGAGAACCGUGAGAUCCAGCCGCCCUUCAAGCCCAAAGUGUGCGGCAAAGGAGCAGAGAACUUUGACAAGUUCUUCACGCGAGGGCAGCCUGUCUUGACGCCGCCCGACCAGCUGGUCAUCGCUAACAUUGACCAGUCUGAUUUUGAAGGCUUCUCAUACGUCAACCCCCAGUUCGUGCACCCCAUCUUGCAGAGCGCGGUAUGA